UGAUCCGAGCAGUCCUUGCGUCCCGGACGCCCGCUUCACUCUUGCCAUGGCUUCCUGGCUGACUCUGGUGUCAUUGCUGGUGCUGCUUCCGGGCGCUGCCUCCGCACCGCCCCGCGGAGCUGCCGGCGCUCAGGCCUGGGAGCCCGCAUCCCCCGAGCUGCUACGGCCCGCUCGCUUCGCCCUGGAGACAUACAACCGCGGCCGGGUCGCGGAGAUGCGGGCCGUGUUGGGAGCAGUGAGCGGUCGUGUCCGUCAAGCGGGCCGGGGGUCGCUGUACUCCCUGAAGGCGACGCUGCUGGAGCCGCCCUGCAACGAUCCCGUGAUGUGUCAGCUCCCUGUCUCUGAAAAAACCCUGCUCUGCACCUUUGAAGUCCUGGACGAGCUAGGAAAACACACGCUGCUGAGGCGGGACUGUGGCCCUGUGGCCACCAAGAUUGCAGAUGACAAAAACGGGACUUUUGGUUCAUUCUUUCCACUGUUGAACCCCCUGCCCCAGAACUUUUAUAUGAAAAUGGUUUCGCUCUUCAAGGACUUUAUCACCACCUAUAACCGGACAUAUGAGACAGAGGAGGAAGCCCAGCGGCGCAUGUCCAUCUUUAUCAAUAACAUGGUACAAGCUCAGAGGAUCCAGGCCCUGGACCGUGGCACAGCCCAGUAUGGAGUCACCAAGUUCAGUGAUCUCACAGAGGAGGAGUUCCGCACCAUCUACCUGAAUCCCCUCCUGAAGGAGGGGCUUGGCAAGGAGAUGCACCCAGCCAAGCCCGUGGACGACCCUGCCCCACCAGAGUGGGACUGGAGGAAUAAGGGGGCUGUCACCGAAGUCAAGAACCAGGGCAUGUGUGGCUCCUGCUGGGCCUUCUCAGUUACAGGCAACGUGGAGGGCCAGUGGUUCCUGAAGCAGGGGGACCUGCUCUCCCUCUCUGAGCAGGAGCUCGUGGACUGUGACACACUGGACAAGGCCUGCAUGGGCGGCCUGCCCUCCAACGCCUACUCAGCCAUAAAGACUCUGGGAGGGCUGGAAACAGAGGAUGAUUACAGUUACCACGGCCACUUGCAGACCUGCAGCUUCUCUGCGGAGAAGGUCAAGGUUUACAUCAAUGACUCAGUGGAGCUAAGCAAGGAUGAGCAGAAGCUGGCGGCCUGGCUGGCCAACAAGGGCCCCGUCUCCAUUGCCAUCAACGCCUUUGGCAUGCAGUUCUACCGCCGUGGGAUCUCCCGUCCACUGAGGCUUCUCUGCAGCCCUUGGUUCAUUGACCAUGCUGUGCUGCUCGUGGGCUAUGGCAACCGCUCUGAUGUUCCCUUCUGGGCCAUCAAGAACAGCUGGGGCACUGACUGGGGUGAGGAGGGUUACUACUACUUGCAUCGUGGGUCCGGGGCCUGUGGUGUCAACGUCAUGGCCAGCUCGGCAGUGGUGAACUGAGGAGCAUCAGCUCAGGACCUGCUGCUGACCAGGAUAGCCCCUCCCCCAGACUGAGCUGCAUGUCUGGGCCCCUCUCCAGGAGACACAGCUGGCUGAGGGAUGGGUGCCGGGUACCUCAAGGUGGGCAAAGGGCACAGGGCUAGGGGUGUAGCCCCUCCCCCCGACUCCCACUCUGAGGUUCCUCAGCUGCACCGUUGUUGAGUUGCAGUAGCUGGGAAAGUCUUGGGGUGAAGGAUGACGUCUUGGUAGCUGAAGCUGGCGUGGGACCCUGGGCUCAGGGAAGGACAGGUGGGAAGCAGAUGUGGUGGUGUUCAAUCCAGCAUGUCCUCUCAGCAGGCUCUGGCUUCCUGCCCGGGCCUUCUUCUGUCCGCUGCUAUAAAUUCUGGUCCCCCUGGAUUUGGGGACAGUGUUCCCUUCCACGUCUAGACAGACUGCUGUAACUACCCUCUAAGAGCAAUAAAGAGGUGACCUGAGCUCCAGUGUGGUGUGGA